AAAAAUGACAGAUAAAACUGAGAUGAAAAGACUUAACCUCUUUGAUUGUGUGAUUUAUUUAUCUUUAUUUCUCGUUUUUUAAAGCGUUGCGUGAGUUGUGUACAUAUAUUUUUUGAAAGUAGUGUGCCCAUAAAGUACUUUGUAAUACCUACAUGUUAAUCUGAAAUCUGUGUAUUGCAUAAAAUUUUAAAAAACGAUGACGACCGCUUAUGGUAUCCAUCUGGGUAAUCAAUCAGCUUGUUUAGCUUCUUUUACCAACGGAGCUGCCGUAGUGAUAGCCAACGAUGCUGGUGACAGAGUAACACCAGCUAUAGUAGCUUUGAAUGGGUCAGAAUGGGAGAUCGGCCUUACAGCCAAAUCUGGUCAAGCUCUUACUAAAUCUAUUGUUAAACACAAUAAACGCCUUAUGAAUUGUGAUUGGAACGAUGAAGACUUGUCUUAUGUUGAAUCUUCAUCCUCUUGCCGUAUUCAAAAUGAAGAAACACUAACAUAUGAAUUUGAAACAAGUGAAACAACUCAAUUCUCAGGUCCUGAUAAUAUUGCCACUAAAAUGUAUGCUAAAUUAUUUACUAUUGCUAGUCAUUCAAUGAGGAAUGAAGGUGAUUUGAAACUGGUUCUAGCAGCACCUUUACAUUGGUCUAAUGAGAGCAGAGAUCGUUUAGUGAAAUCAGCUGAAUUAGCUGGAUUUGAAGUUCUACAAGUUAUUAGUGAACCUGCAGCAGCUAUAUUAGCAUAUAAUGUUGAAGAAGUGGAAGAUGACAUUAAUGUAUUAGUGUACAGACUGGGUGGCUCCACAUGUGAUGCAUCAAUACUUAAGAUUUCAAAUGGUUUUAUAUCAGUUGAGAAAAGCAUUUUUCGUUCAGAUUUAGGAGGGCAAUGCUUAACUAAAGAUUUGGCAGAAUACAUUGCAAAAGAAGUAAAUCAAAAAUGGAAGUUGGAUCCAAGAGAAAGUAAGAGAGCAAUGGCUAAAUUAAUGCAUCAUGCUGACAACUGUAAACAUGUGUUAUCAACUCUAAAUUCUGCUCAUGUUUUCAUUGAAUCAUUGUUGGACGGCGUUGAUUGGAGCCAAAACAUAUCCCGUGCCCGAUUUGAAAAUAUUAUUUCUUCAAAAAUUUCAGUUUAUAUUGAACCUGUACAGAAAUUACUUGAAAACUUUGAUGGGAAAAUAAAUAAAAUUGUUUUAUGUGGUGGCAGUAUGAAAAUACCAAAAUUUCAAUCUGCCAUAGCUAAUCUUCUUCCAGAUGCUGAACUUCUUUCUGGAUUAAAUCCUGAUGAAGUAAUUGCAAUGGGUUGUGCUCGGCAAGCUGGAAUGUUGUUUGAUAUUCCAGAAUUUAAUCUUCAUGAUGUCAGUACUGAAGUGGAAUUUUUGGGAAAAGAUAUUUAUUUGAAAUAUUUAGACCAAACAAUUCAAAUAUUCAAAGAAGGGACACCAACAUAUGCUCAAAACAUAUGCAGUGUGAAUGCUGGAAAAGAUGUAAAAAAUAUAAGCUUCAGUUUGCAUGAGAAUCCUGAGGAAGAAGAGUUUGCUAAGGAAACAUUUGAUGUUGAAAACAUAACUAAACCAUUUACUUUGAAAGCCACUCUACAACAUUCAAAAAUAUUGUUACAAGUUGAAUAAUAAAAUACUGGAUAUUUUAAUUGGCUAUUAAAACCUGCAAUUCUAUUUCAUAAUAAUCAUAU